AAAAAAGGUAAAAGUAGAGUUGAUUUUUUUUUUUUAGGUGGUCAAAUAUUUCCCAUAUGGACAUUAAACUUUACAUGACACGAGUGUGGAACCAUGAACCCUCCUCCCAAACCUCCACGACCACCUGACCCAUCACCGACGCCAUUGGAAAUUAACCCCUUUACUUCACUAGUCAUUCUCCUCCACACCCGAUCUCCCUCCCCCAUUCAGCCAUAUUCUAACCAGUCUCCACCCAACCCCUUCAUCCCAUGCUCCACCACCAACAUCUCAUUGACCAACCUUGCUCACCAUCGCAAUGAACACCCCUCUGUGUAUCCUACCCCUCCAACAAGUUUCAAGUAUGCCUUGGUGGGUUCUUCAUCCAACGUCAUUUCUCAAUCCUUUCCUUUGGUUUCCACUUUUCACACACCAGCUUCCCGUGCUCCCACCUCUAUCAUCCCCCCCACCGCUUCAUCUCCUAUAACUAUCACUCUGUCUCUUGAAAAACGGAAAUCUAACAGCUCUAAUGAAGGUGAUACUACAUCUUUACCUGAGCAUUUCAGGAACUCUACAAAUGAGUCUAUAUCCACACCUAAAUUACCCUUUCCACCUAAAUCAACCCCUAUUGUCCUUUCACUUAACCCUCCUACACCCCCUGCCAUAACCCUUUCUCCUAAAUCAAUCUUGGCUUCUCGACUCCCUUCAGCUAGAAAUGACCAGCCACAUGUUUCAUCCCAAACUUCUUUCCAGUCUAAAGAGCUUGAAAGGAUUGAAAUGGUUGUUGCCCAUCAUCAACCUAAUGGCUCAUUGGCAAGCGCAACUAGCUUAUCAUUGCAACGGAAUCCUUCUCCUGAUAAAAAUUUGACACAAUCCACCAAUGAAGCCCAUCAGUGGCAACAUGUUUCUCAAAGGAGGGGAAAGAAACUUGACAAUGUUGAGCCUUCAGCUGAGUAGGAACAUGAAUAUGAUCAACCAAUGCAACAAUCUACUAUAGAUAAAUUGAUCGAAGAACCCAUCAAGAGACUAUCUAAUUUACCACUUCAAGACAUCGAUAGGGAGAAAACCUCUAGUUUUUGAGGCAAUUCAAGGAUCCGUUUUUGCCAUGUCUUGGCCAAAGCACGUCGAGGUGUAAGUUAUCACCUCAAAGCACUCUUCCUAAGAAAAAAAAACAUGACAG